AUGUCUGACAAAUACCCUUGCAAGUACCAUAACAAUCCAAACGGCGCGUGCUUUCCCGGGAUAGAAUGGGUUGGUGGUGCGGAUGCAGCUUGUGAUAAAUGCCUGGCGGCAGGGCUUCCCAGAGGAUUGAAUCAGUGCAGCAUUUGGCAACCCAUGUCGACGAGCCUCCGCGAACGAAGCAGAGAUAAUUGUGCGAUAUACCAGGAGGUACACGGCAUACUGGAGCCACGCAGGCAACACAGAUGGUGA